AUGAGAAGUUUGAAAAUGAAGAAAGUCGAGUUUUUGCUGUUGCUUCCUUCAUUCUCUGAAUGCAGUAGCCACUAUAGUGGUAAAAGACAUUAUUUUCAGCAAAUUAAACGAUCAAGACUUCGGCUGGCCCACCAACAUACCUUGUCGAUAUCAGGAGUGAUUGCCAUAGUAAUGCUGGUGAAUGGGAAGGAGAGUUUCUUUCCGGGCAUUCCGAAGAUUAAGUAUGAGGGGUCUUCGAGUAAGAAUCCUCUCUCUUUCAAAUGGUACGCUGAAGAGGAAAUUCUUGGAAAGAAAGAUGAAGGUGAAUUUUGA